GGAUAAGUCAGUUUAUUAACCCAAUGUUUCGGCAUUUUAAAAUUACUUUUUCGAAAUAAAAAUGAGAAUAUUAAAGGCCAGAUACUGCAUGCAGUUCUCGGCCGACCGAAUAUUUGCAUCGGUUCGUUCAAAAUUAGCGGAGCGCGGUAUAAACUGGAAUACUGUUUUAAGAAACCCCAUUAAUCCAGACGAACAUAGAGAGCAUUUUCCCGAAAUUGAUCAAGCUUUUUACAAUAAUGAUAGAUUCGAGAUUGUUUUAGAUGGUAGAGGUUACACUCCAAAACACGUGAAAUGCGUCAUAGCUCAGGAUCUGGUCGAAAUCGUCGCAGAAAGGGAGACGAAAGCGGGACAUAUGUCUUUGAUUAAAAAGUACCCCCCAUUGCCAAGACAAUGGGACUCGAACUCUGGCGAUUGCUGCAUGUCUACUGAAGGGAUCAUUUUGGUUACCGGAGCUUGGAUUUGAAAAAAUGUCUUGUGUUGUUGAAUUUAAAUUUUAC